AUCAGUUCCCUUUUCCUCUUCGUUGCAUCCGCGAGCAUUAUAUAAGAUUAGGUGUUUGCAAACACUUGGAGCUGCGAGAGAGAGAGAGAGAGAGGGAGGCGAGCAAAAGUGUAGAGAGAGAAGGCAGCCACCAGAGUUAUUUUUCUGGAGUUGUUCUAGAAUCUAGAUUAUCUGGCUGUCAAGGAAAUAUGGAAGGGCUGAAUGCACGCAGCGUCCUGGUGACAGGAUCAAAUCGGGGCAUUGGUCUGGAGAUAAUCAAACAACUGGCUGAGAAAAGCAACCCACCACAAUGGAUCUUUGCAACCUGCCGGGAUCCAGAGGGAUCACGUAGUCAGGAUUUGAGGAAUUUGGCUGCUCAGCACCAGGAAAUUGUGAUCAUCCCACUGAACAUUACCGAUCCAUCCAGUAUCAAGUCGGCUGUAAAGAUGGUCACGGAGAGGCUGAAUGGGACUGGGUUGAACCUGCUGAUCAACAACGCAGCAAUUGCAUGCCUUGAUUCCAAACUCGAGACUCAAAAACCUGAAGACAUGGCUGAGGUCUACCAAACCAACGUCAUUGGGCCCAUGAUGAUGAGCCAGGCAUUCCUGCCUUUGCUGAGGAAGGCAUCUCAGGACAGCCCCAAGAAAGGGAUGAGCUGCAGCAAAGCCUCCAUUGUCAACAUGUCCAGUUAUGCAGGUUCCAUCACGGACGUUUACCUGUGGAAGUACGGAGAAGUUAUUCCUUACCGUUGUAGCAAGGCUGCUCUGAAUAUGCUGACACGGUGCCAAUCGUUUGCAUUUAGCGCCGAUGAGAUUCUGUGCAUCACAUUGCAUCCAGGAUGGGUGCUCACAGACAUGGGAGGCAGUAUGGCUCAGAUGACAGUGGAUUCGAGUGUGGCGGCCAUCCUAAACCUUCUGGCUCAUCUUUCUGAGAAGGACACUGGCACUUUUCUGAAUUGGGAUGGGAAAGUCCUUCCAUGGUGAACAAUUUGUUUGAGGAACUUUGGCCAAUGUGAAUAUUUAUCUUGUGUUAGUUGUUGAUUAAAUUGACUUUUGUCCCCAAAUUGUUUUGGCUGGUUCCUCUUCUUCUUCUUUUUUUUGUUGUCCUGGAGGCUAAAGUCACGAGACUGAAAGCAUCUCCUUGGUUUUCAUAAUUUCAUCAAUGAUUUUAUGCAUUAAAAGCAAUUGCGUCCUUUUUGCCGAU